UCUCUCAGCGCUGUCAGUCUCAUGAAAGCCACACUGAAGGCACGAAUUAACGGAGAAUCCGCUGAAGAAAUAAAAUAAUGUUACUGCUCGCUGCUCAACGACUGUUUAAACUGGAAAGUAAACUGGAGUAACUGGCUUUCUCGAAUGGUAUUUACAACCAAAAUGGUGAGUUUUCCGCGCUGAGUUGCCUUUCAUGCAAGCUGUGAAUAUGGACUAGCUUGAGCGGUGUCUUGUACCUACGCGCAGUCUGUGGUGCAAAGCGGAUCUCCCAGCAAUAUGUCCCAGGCUCAGGUGGACCUGGCCGGCCUCGGCUUCCCCCCGUUCCCUCCGACCCGGGACACAACUGACUCUUUAAACUCUUUCUUCCCCGCUCGCCUGCCGCCCAGGCGGCGGAGACACUCGGCUAGUUCGCGCAGAAGCAGCGGCUACCGGCGGAGCAAAGCCGCCGUCGAGAGCACAGCAGCCGGCCAGCUCAGCAAAACGCUCUCGUGGUCCGCCGACAACAUCUUCUGCGAGGAAAAGAAGGAGCGCGAGCCGCUCACGAGCUCCAGUUCCACCUCGAAUUCGAAUUCGAAUUCAACUUCGACCUCGACCUCGACCUCGAAUUCAAACUCUAACUCGAAUUCGAACUCCAACUCCAACUCAAAUCUGAAUUUGAAUUCAAACUCUAAUUCGAAUUCGAACUCUAGGGAUUCCCAGUCUCGCGAUGCAAGCGCGAGGGCGCCGGAGGACGGCAGCACGGACUCUGAGGAGGGCAGGAGGAGCAGCAGGAGGAAGGAGGAGGCGUGUGAGAGCGAGAGGGAGCGCGAGAAGGAGGAUGAGGUGGAGACCAAGGCGGUGGCUACAUCACCGGACGGCCGCUUCCUCAAGUUCAAUGUGGAGAUCGGACGCGGCUCGUUCAAGACCGUGUACAAGGGCCUGGACACGGAGACCACGGUGGAGGUGGCGUGGUGUGAGCUACAGACGCGGAGGCUGACCAAGGCAGAGCGGCAACGCUUCAGUGAGGAGGUGGAGAUGCUGAAGGGGCUGCAGCACCCCAACAUUGUCCGCUUCUAUGACUCCUGGAAGUCAACUGUCAAAGGCCACAAAUGUAUUAUCCUCGUCACUGAGCUCAUGACGUCAGGAACCCUCAAGACAUACUUAAAAAGAUUUAAAGAGAUGAAGCUGAAGCUUCUCCAACGCUGGAGUCACCAGAUCCUGAAAGGCCUUCACUUCCUGCACACACGAACCCCACCAAUCAUCCACCGAGACCUCAAGUGUGACAACAUCUUCAUAACAGGCCCCACUGGCUCGGUCAAGAUUGGCGAUUUGGGUCUGGCUACGCUCAAGAGUGCCUCUUUUGCCAAAAGUGUCAUAGGCACCCCUGAAUUCAUGGCUCCAGAGAUGUAUGAGGAAAAGUAUGACGAGGCAGUGGACGUAUAUGCCUUUGGGAUGUGCAUCCUGGAGAUGACAACAUCUGAAUACCCCUAUUCUGAGUGCCAAAAUGCAGCCCAAAUCUACCGGAAAGUCACAAGCGGCAUGAAGCCAGACAGUUUUUUCAAAGUGAGAGUGCCCGAGCUGAAGGAGAUCAUAGAGGGCUGCAUCCGCAUGAACAAGGCUGAAAGGUACACAAUACAGGACCUGUUAGAACACCCCUUCUUCCAGGAGAAUAAUGGUGUCCAUGUGGAGCUGGCUGAGGAGGACGACAUGGUGAAGUCUGGACUGAAGCUCUGGCUCCGAAUGGACGACACCAAGAAGCUGCACGGCAAGUACAAGGACAACAACGCCAUUGAGUUCCUGUUUGAACUCUACAAGGAUGUACCAGAGGAGGUGGCACAGGAGAUGGUGGUGCUUGGCUUUGUCUGCGAUGCCGACUACAAACUGGUGGCCAAAGCCAUCCGUGACCGCGUCACUGCCAUCAAACGUCAGCGAGAGAAACUCCGACGGCUGGCUGAGGAGCAGCUGAGGAGACAGCAGGAGGAGGUGAUUGAGGAGGAACCCGAACCCGUUCCCGAGACAGAACCUCCUGCCCCCAAUCCACCACCUCUUGAGCCCCAGCCCUCACCCGAGACCCCUGUAUCCACUCCAGCCCAAACACCUCCCACCGUGACUGUCUCUGGCCCAGUACCGUCUACAACAAAUAGUUCUAUGGACUCUGGGAUUAACGCCAGCUUCACCACAGAGCCGGAGGACCCAGAAGCAGAGCAGCAGCAGCACUACAACAUCCGCCAUGCCAGCUACUCCUCAGCUACGUCGGACGGCGAGACAGACGGCUACCUCAGCUCCUCUGGACUUCAAGAGGCAUCAGAAGGCCCCUCCCCCGUGAUAAGCUCCACCUCCUCACCCGCAGCAGUAGCCAAUGAGACAGCACAAAUGGAAGUCCCAGUUGGUGAAACCGCACCUACAGAAGGCCCAUCUGUCCAGACUAUACCAGUCCCAGCCCUCCGCUUCCCCUCGAGCAUUGCUGUGUCCCAAAAUACUGAGCGAGUCCAAUCUGGUGGUGCCAGCGGUUUCUCUUCUCCAGUCGACAGUUAUGCCUCUGAUGUCACAUCUGGCUUAAGUGAUGGUAACGAGGGCUUAUCAGAAAUGAGCCCCAAAGUUCCCAACAAACGCACAGGAAGUAAACUGCUGAGGAAAAGAGCUCGCUCCCGACUCCGAAUCACUGGGCUGUCAGACAAAGUGGACAGGGUGGUGGAGUGCCAGCUUCAAACACACAACAGUAAGAUGGUGACAUUCAAAUUCGAUCUUGAUGGUGACAACCCAGAGGACAUUGCUACGGUCAUGGCACACAAUGAGUUCAUCUUGCCAGCAGAGAAGGAGGGUUUUAUCCACCGUAUGAGGGACAUCAUCCGCCGAGCUGAGGCCCUGAUGAGGAGGGAGCCAUUGGAGCCGCUGGAGUCUGGGGACUCCACACGCCUGCCCUACCUGAGCGGAGCUGGAACACUAUCAGCCUCCCAACCCAACCUGCACACACAGGGACUGUCACGCACACACUCCUCCUCAUCCCUACCAGAUUACACCGCAGCCAGUGUGGGUCAGGUGACCCAGGGCUCCUCUCCUGGAGUGAGCGGAGACUAUUACCUUGAUCCUGAUGCAGCUGUUCCAGUGCGUCCACUCCGCUCACAGUCUUUCCACACCUCAGAUUACACAGCAGCAAAUUCAGGACAGGUGCCCCGUGGCUCCUCUCCUGCGUUGGGGGGAGACCUCUACCUCGACCCUGAUGCAGGACCACCCGUCCGCCCACUUCGCUCUCAGUCCUUCCACACCUCAGGCUCCUCGCCGCCCUACCGUCCACCUGCCUCUCAAUAUCCACAAUACCCCAAUCCAGACGCUCUGCCUGUUCUGCUUCCUAACCAGUUACCUGCCAUGCCCCCUCAGUUCCCUAACCCACCAUACAUACCAAACUCCCCCUACCCCUACCCGUAUCUUGUCAAUACAGCACCCCUUAAAGGCUCAAUCAGCACUCCUCCACUCACUCGAAACCCCAGCAGCUCCAACCUUGCCCCUUAUCCCUCUCCUACUCCUCCAGCCCAGCAAGCAGGUGACAUGGCUCCAACUGACAGUGGUCCUCUGACGUCUCCUGCUGCCCACACUGUGCCUCCAAACGCAGGCAUAUGGCCAGCUCAGCAGCCGCUCUUGUCCCUGGCCAAUGUGCUGUCACUGGCCAUGAGUGUGGCGCAGUCCUUCAUGCCCCCCACUUCCAUGCCCAGCAAUCUGCCCCAGGGCUACCUGCCCACCAUGGCACCCCAGCCAGGCUAUGCACCCAUGUUUGGCACCCAGCAUCCAGCCAUGGGGCAAAAGGAGGCUCCUUAUAGCCAGGGAGUGCCUCUAGCAGGGCACUUUGUGGAUACGUACCAGCAUCGUGAGAGUAACGCACAAGUUCCAGCCCCCAGGCUGGAUCCACAUGAGGAUAAUCAAGGUCGAGCUGGGAAUGUGAGCUCAUCUGGUGCAAUACAAGCAAGCAUGCCGCCUAGUGCUGCAGUGGUCAUAGGGCUACCCACAGAGGUCAAACAGCCUGUCCCGAGCAGUUCAAACCCAGCUGCAGGAUCCCGGACAAGCCCCCAAUUGGAGGUCCGUGCAGGACCCAAAGAGAAACAUCAACAACAAACAGAAAGCUCUUUACCCUUCAGCUCCACCAGCAGCUCUCCUGAGUCCUCCACUUCUGCCAGCCCACAGAAUACAGUGUCUGCAGCCAGCCUCAGAACAUCAUCCACUCUGAGUGUGUCUGAGGCUGCUACCAGCGCAGCUAAAGCCAGACUGUCCCCUAUAACUGAAGAGAAAAAACCUGCCAUCACAGUGGGACGUUUCCAGGUCACUCCCAGCGUCGAGAUCGACACACCUACACCUCCGCAGCCCCGUCCCCCAACACCUCCACCAGACAAAACCCCCUCCAACAACAGCCAAUCAGAGGGCAGUACUGAGGAGGAGGAGGGCGAAUCAGAAACCAGUCUUAACACGGUCACUGUGUCUCCACCUAACAAACCACCUUCCGAGCAGUUAAAUGACUCCAGCAGCGGCACCCCCUGCUCGCCCACUGGGAGCAUGGAGAGCAAAGGAGCAGAGGCGGAGGCAGAGGAGGACGGGGGAGGUGAAGAGGAGACCACAGAAGGAGAGACGAGGCAAAGGAGGAUAAGCCUGAGUUUGUGGGAUGGUUUGACUGGGGGCCCUCAGAUCGGAAAUGUGAACCAGCCGUGGAUGAGUUACAUGCGCAGCACCUCGUACGCCAGCAGUGAUGAGACAGAGAGCGAGGACGAGGACAUGUGGGAGGAGCUUCAGGAGCUGCGAGACAGGCAUCUGUCUGAGGUGCAGGCUCUACAGGCCUCUCAGAAGCGAGAGAUCGAGGAGUUGUAUGAGCGGAUGGGGAAGGUGCCUCCUCCAGGUAUCGUGUCUCCGGCGGCCAUGCUGUCCAGCCGCCAGCGCCGUCUCUCCAAGAGUGGUGGAUACCCCUCUUCCUCACGCAGGAACAGCCUACAGAGACUUGACAUACUGCCCCCUACAGGUAUAAUGAGGAAGAAUUCAGUAAGCGGCAGCAGCAGCGGCUCUCAGGAGCGAGCAGCUAAAGGAGUGACCUUCGCUUCUGACUAUGCCAGAGUGUGAUCUCAUAAAAACCCUGCUGUGUUUUCUUGCCUUCCUUAACUGCCCCAGAUGAGAGGAAGUGACAUCCUGGCCUUCUCCUGGUUAAUAUUGCUACAAACUGUCAGACCUGUUUCGCAUAUACUACCUCUGUGUGGCGUGGGGCGUUGCUUUCUGUGUUGGUGGCCAUGUAAACAAGUUGAGGUGUUUACACAGUUUGCACAUCGUGUCCCAAAAGUGGCGCAGAAUGCUGAACAUAGGCAUCACUUCUUUUGUCAUCUGCAAACUGCAGCAAAAUACAAGGAAAUAAAUUCUGAAAACAAAACAAACAAAAAUAAAUAAAACAGGACUACAGUUCUAUAAUUUAUGGCUGUAGUGGUGAACCAUGACUGCUAGAGCUCGGCCUUCAGUUUGUGCCAUAAAUAUGGUCAAAAACAAGAAAAAAAGACUUCUCUGUGAGAUUUUUAAUGUUAGCGCUGAGCUAACAGCAAUUUAUAUGCACAUUUUUUGGCUGUUUUCGAUAAAACUCUGACAUUCCAUGUUUUAUCUGACGCUUGUAACAGGCAUUGACAUAUAUUUUACCUGGUUUGUAGACGUUUUAUAGUAUCUGCAUUAUGAAGAGCCCUGGCGUAGAGCAGCUGCUGCUGUUUUCUGUUUUUAACAACUGACUAAAACCCACUGGUCAGGCUACAACUCAUCGGAGUCAGUGACAUAUCUAGGAAUUCUAGUAAGUCUCGAUUCUAGAGUGAUGUUUUUUCUCAUAAAAUUGAUCCCACUCACUGGAAAUCGGAACAUGAUUGAUUGAUUCCAUUGUCAGUGUUGCUGGUUAAUGUGACAGAUUAGGCCUUCUGUUCAGAUCCUGAAGUCCAAACCAAUAGGAGAGCUUUCUUGGAAGUAUCUACCUAAGAUACCAGAGAAAAAAAUUCUGAUUGGAUCACUUUAGGUCGGUUUUUCUAGAACUUAACCUAUUUGUUUCCAACCAAAACAUAACAAUGAGAUGAAAGUUUUGCUACAACGCUUAUAGAGUUGAAACGCAACAAGUAUGAUGAUUCUAUUAAAUAACAACAAAUUAAAAAUUAUUGAUAUGUAUUUUUUAUUUCACAGAAACAUUUAGGCCUUCUCUGAAGACCUAAAGGGCCCUGAGGGGUCCCCACUGCAAGGCCGUUAUCAAACAAAAGAAAUUUUAGGUAUUUCAGGCUGCAGUUUAUGGUCGGUUUACAGGCCUGAAACAACUGCCCAAUCACAAAUCAGGAAAAUUAGAUUUGUUAAAUUGUUUAGUUUGUAAGUAAGUAGCAGAUUUGAUUCUUUAUCCAUUUGGAUAAAGGAUGUCUGUAGAACUUGCAUGGCAUACUGUUCUGCAGUAAAAAUGCUGUGCAUGUGUAUAGCUAACACAUGCGAGCUGUAGCAGUCACACUGCCACAUUGCACAUGUCCCGCAGAGGUAGUUUGUGUGAAACAGGCCUCACAGUGUGUGAUUUUCAGGGGGGGCAGAAUAAGUGUGGGUUCCUUCCAUGAUAUUUUGAUGUCCGUUCAGCUUGGUCAACAGACAAUGGUGGUACUUGGCUGCCUAGUGAGAUUUCAGUGGAGGAGUGAAUAUCAUUAAGCAGCUUGCUUUCACCUGAUCUUAACCAUAAGCUUGUUUAAAAAAGACCUAACUGGUCACAGAUCUGCAAAAUAAGAAAAUGUUUUUGUUGUGUGCCUGUUUGUCCAGAGCAAUGGAGCCCCCUGCUGGUAUGGAUGCUGAGGUGCAACUCAGUAUAACUGGUGGUGGUGGUCCAUUGAUUGGCCUUUUUGAAUUAUAACGAUAACAUUUAAUUUUUCUGCAUGUUAUCAUGUUUUACCAUAAUAAUGAACAAAUUAAUUAAUUAACGUUAAUUCCUUUUAAUGUUGGACUAAAGUGAAGAGGAUAAAUGAUAUCAGAUCAAAUUCUGACCUGUCAAUCAACUGUGCCAAUAUUAGAAUGUUUUGUUAUUUAUUUAAUGGAUCAUAGAACAAAUGCAUCUUCAGCUUUGCGAUUGUUUUGCACAUUUGAAAUUGCACAAAGCAGAUUCAUUUAACUCAAACUACAGAUAUUCUUUUAUUCUUUUAUUCACUUUCAUUAUUGAAGCAUUUGCUGCCUCAGAUAACAGACACCCUCUCCUAAAAGCAUCGUAUGCAUCAUAAAAAUGUCAUCAAAUCACAGUAAAACUAAGAAAAUCCCACUGAAUAAUGAAAUGUAUCAUUACUGUUAUCAAAACCUCUUUUUUCAGUUUCAGUUGAUUUUUAAAGAUAUACGUAUAUCUAAAUGGACCAAGAGAAAUGGUGAAAUUAUUGGAAUAAAUGUAGUUACGAACCAUUUCUCUGUUGCCCUAUAAAGUAAUAAUUUCAGACAUAGCAGGUUUUCUUAUGACAGCAGUGAUAUACUAAUUACAGCAAUAUGCAGAAGUUUGGGUGCCCCUGGUCUAAAAACAUUUUGUGGACUUUCUAAGUGAAAAUAAGUUACACAUCCUCUACAGAGAACACACUUCUGCACCUUUUAAUGCACAGUUACUGUUUUUUUACUGAAUUUAACAUACUGGAAAAAAUAAAGCAUAAAAUGUGGCCUGUUCGAAGGCUAUAGCGUUAUAUUAUAUGGCAUUAUAUUUUAUGUUUUAUAUGUAUUAUAUUAACUCACAAAAGACACUAAACUUUACUGCAGAUGUCAUAUUUAAGUUCCCCGUAGAAGAUGUGUUCAUUUCUUUUCACUUAGAAAAUCAACAUGUUCUAAGGAUAGAUCCAGACAAAUAUGAUGCAUUGGUGUGAUUUCAGGUCAGAAACACAUUUUUAGCUGCCUUCAUUCUUACACUACAUGGCCAAAAGUUUGUGGACACCUGCUCAACCAAUGUUUCUUCCAAAAUCAAGAGUAUUAAAAAGGUAUUUGUUCCCCCUCUGCUGCAGUAACUGUCUCUACUCUAGGCUUUACAGUAAGUGUUGGAACAUUGCUGUGAGGAAUUGAUUGCAUUCAGCAGCGGGAACACUAGUGAGAUCAGGUACUGAUGUUGGAUGAUCAGUUCUGGAUCACUCCAACUCAUCCCACAGGUAAUGGUUGGCAAUCCAUCACUCCAGAGAAUGCAGUUCCACUGCUCCACAGCUCAGGGGUGGGGGGCUUCAUACUCCUCUAGCCUAUGUUUGACAGUGGACAUAGCGACCUUGGGCUCAUGUGCAGCAUCCUGUUCUAUUGUCAGUGCUUUUCUAUGGAGACUGCACAAACUGUGUGUGCAUUUGAACUCCUUUGUCAGCAGUAAGUGCACCUUAAUGCUGCUGAAUUCAUGUGUCCACAAACUUUUGGAUAUGCAGUGUACGAGCACCUUUAUUAGUCUCUUCUGCCCCCUAUCUGCUAAGAAUGUUUCCUGGGUUGAUCAUUUUCUUGUAGAAUGUGAAAUGGAGACAUUUCUUACUGCUUGCUGAAGUGGUUUCCGUAUUCAUCAACUGACACAAUGCACUUUUUAGCAAGGCGUUUGCCUUUACAUGCCACAGACGCUCUGUAUAUAUAAGUGUGAUUUGAUGUAAAAUGCGAUGAACUGUGUAGUGUUUUAUGUCCCUUGCAUCUAUUUGAAUGCCUUUGCCUAUGCAGUAAGGUCAUGUAAAUGAAUGUGAUGAAGAAAAAAAUGUUGAAAUUGAAACUGUGAUAUUUGAACUAUUGAUGCCUUAAAGUAUCAAGGUUUGGAAAGAUUGCUUAAGACUUAACAGAUUGUAUUCUUUUAAGAAGCUGGCAGAUGUUUAUAAAAAUAUACAUAUAUUUAGAUAAUGAGAGAUAAAAAAGCUGUAUUAUAUUAUGCUAAGAAACAGUGUCGUUCUGCCAUACAUACUUUGUGCCUUUCUUUUUUUACCCUAAUGUUAUGAUUCCUGUUUCAGAAUUAAUGAUUGUAAAUAUUGACAAUAAAAUAUGGAUUUA